CCAGCCUGCAAGCUCACUACCCUGAAGGCGCUGCCCCAGCACCAGAGCCCAGCCACCGGGACCCCACGCUGAGGCAGGAUGGAGGAUUUAGAUGCCUUGCUGGCAGAACUGGAGCAGAGCUCUCGCCCAGCCUCCAAGGACUGCAUGCUGCAGAUGCCGAGCUCCUGCAAGCAGGAUCCAGCCACAGCGGGGGCCCCAGCCCCAUGUGGCCGUGAGCCACUUGCCUCAGUGGCCCUGAAGGUGCAGCUGCCGCCUCAGGCUCAGCCUCCAGGAGAGGCUUUGAAGACAGUGUACAGCAGUCCCAUACCAGUCCCGCAGCCAUUGAUCCCCUCGCCCCCACCCACGGCAGCCGCCCGGCAGCUGGACGAGCUCCUGGCCGACCUGGGCCGCAUGCAGAGUAAGCUAGCGGCUGUGGGGCAGGGAGCUGGGGUGCCAGUGGAGCCCAAGCCCUCACUGGACAACAUGCUGGGCAGCCUCACCCGGGACCUGCAGGAGCUGGGCAUCACAGCCACCCCCGCCAGCGUCUGUGCCACCUGCCGCAAGCCCAUCGCUGGCAAGGUGCUCACAGCACUGGGCAAAACCUGGCACCCUGAGCACUUCACCUGCGCCCGCUGUGGGCAGGAGUUGGGCAGCCAGCCCUUCUUUGAGCGGGGCGGGCAGGCGUACUGCGAGGAGGACUAUCACCAGGCCUUCUCACCCCGCUGUGCCUACUGUGCCGGCCCCAUCCGCGAGAAAGUCCUCACGGCCCUGGACCAGACCUGGCACCCCGAACACUUCUUCUGUGCCCACUGUGGGAAGGUAUUCGGAGAUGACGGUUUCCACGAGCGGAGCGGGAAGCCAUACUGCCACCAGGACUUCCUGGCCAUGUUUGCCCCGAAAUGCCAGGGCUGCGACCGCCCCGUAACGGACAAUUAUCUGUCAGCUCUGCAGGGCGUCUGGCACCCUGAGUGCUUCGUGUGCAUGGAGUGCCUGAGCAGCUUCGCCAGCGGCUCCUUCUUCGAGCUGCAGGGACGUCCCUACUGCGAGCUGCACUUCCACCAGCGGCAGGGCAACAUCUGCCACGGCUGCAGCCGCCCUGUGACCGGCCGCUGCAUCACAGCUGCAGGGCGCAAGUACCACCCCGAGCACUUUAUCUGCGCCUACUGCCUGGGCCAGCUGCAGAAAGGCACCUUCCGCGAGCACGGCGACAAGAUGUAUUGCCGGGCCUGCCACGACAAGCUCUUCCUCUGAACCCCAGCCCCCCCAGCAUACAGCCACCCUUCUUACCUGGCUGGAUGUCCCUGGUAUCAUCACCACCAACAUCCCUGGCAUAUUCCCUGCCAAGCCAGGCAUCCCUGGCAUCAUCCCUGCUGAGCCAAACAUGCCUCGUAUUGUCCCACCCAUCAACAUCCCUUGCAUUGGUCCUGCUGAGCCAAAUGUCCCCAGCCUUGUCUCUGCCAAACCAAGACA